AUGAUGCACCCAUCGCGACAGGCGUACGUGGAGGAGGCGCAGGACACGGAUAUGGGCAUUGACCUAGCAAAUAUACCCGUGGACCGAAAUUAUGACCUUCCCUCUUCUGCAGCCGGCAUCCCGGCGGAAAGAGCCUCUGCCAUCCUAUCCCAGUUUGAGCGCAAGAGGAGAGCCGCUGCGAUGGCGGUCCCCACUGACGACACUCGAGUGCGCGCGCGACUACGUGAACUAGGCGAGCCAAUCACACUCUUUGGCGAAGGACCUGCGGAUCGUAGAGACCGCUUGCGCGAGCUGUUGACCGAUCUUGCGGAGAAACAGGAGGCGGCGGCGGCUGAGGGCGACGUGGAAAUGCGAGAGGGGACAACUGAAGUCGACGAAGACGAGGAUGAGGAGGCUGAGCAACAGGAGGAGUUUUACACAGAGGGCUCCGAGGAGCUUCUCAAGGCGCGGAAAGAGAUUGCGCGAUUCUCCCUUCCCCGCGCAAAGGCCCGUGUCGCCCGGCUGCGUGAAGAAUCGACCAUCCCUCUGCGGACCCAUAUCAAACAUCGCAAAGCGAUCAAGGAAAAGCUGCAUCAAUUUGACCUCUACGGUUCCCAAAUCGCGGGUGACCGACCUGUCAGCAUUUGUCGCUUCUCGCCUGACGGGCAGAUGAUUGCGACUGGUAACUGGGGAGGAGGUAUCAAAUUGCUGACGGUGCCCAACCUCGAAGAAAAAUGGUCUGUUAAGGGACAUGCAGAUAGGGUUGGUGGAUUGUCUUGGUUUCCCGGUGCGACGUCUACCGCCUCGGAAUCGACGGUGAAUUUGGUCUCAGGUGGCGGCGAGGGCAAUGUGUGUCUGUGGUCACUGGACAAGGAGCAGCCGCUGGCGACGCUUUCCGGUCAUAGUGGUCGUGUCUGUCGGACUGAAUUCCACCCGUCUGGCCGGUAUGUCGCUUCUGCCUCCUACGAUACUACUUGGCGAUUGUGGGAUGUGGAGACGACGGCGGAGUUGUUACUACAGGAGGGCCAUUCGCGUGAGGUAUACGCAGUGGCAUUUAACAACGAUGGUUCACUCAUGGCGAGCGGCGGCCUGGACAGCAUCGGACGUAUCUGGGAUCUACGAACAGGCCGAACUGUGAUGAUUCUGGAGGGGCACAUUCGAGAGAUUUACGGGUUGGACUGGGGUGUCGACGGGUACCGGGUGUUGUCCGGGUCUGGAGACGGAUGGGUCAAGUGUUGGGAUCUGCGGCAAGUGCGCAACACCGGAGGCAUCGGCGCCCACAAGAGUGUCGUGUCCGACUUGCGAUGGUACAAGGGCGCCGAAGCCACUUCCAUCCUACCUUCGGAGGGCCGCAUGGAGGUGGACAGCGAGACACCAGGGCCCAUGCAGCCAAAGAAAUCGGGAACAUUCUUCGUGAGCAGUGGCUUCGACAAGAACGUCAACAUCUUCAGUGCAGAUGACUGGUCAUUGGUGAAGAGUCUCAGUGGGCACUCCGGCAACGUGCUUAGCACCGACAUCAGUGCGGAUGCGCAAUGGAUUGCCAGCUGUGGCCACGACCGGACAGUGAAGCUUUGGGGGAUCGAAUGA